UCUUAUGGCAUACAUGAAGUUACUACAGUUGAAAUAAGUGUAGAAUAAAGUAUUUUACCAUUUUAACAAAUUUUCAUCAAUUACUUAGGGAAAAUAGAGAAAAUAAUUAAUUUCAGCACACCCUAUGAUAAACGUGACUUACAUUACUUCCAAAGCGACCAUGUGAGACAUGUAACAAGAACCUUUACUGCUGAAUAUCGAGUUACGAAAACAUGUUAUUUCGACUAUAAUUUAACAAGGAAUACAUUCCCUUAAUUGGCGUAACACUUGUCAGCCAGCUGAGAUUUAAGGAUGCCAGCAGGUGUAUCUUGGCCAAGAUAUCUAAGGAUGUUUGCAGCCAGUGUGUUAUCAAUGUUUGCUGGAGCACAGGUUGUGCAUCAGUAUUACCGUCCUGAUUUAACCAUUCCAGAUGUCCCACCAAAGCCUGGAGAAUUGCAAACGGAACUUCUUGGCUUGAAAGAAAGAGAGACAGACUCUGUGUCUGAGAAACAAUGACCCAUUGAUUUGUUUUUCAUAGUGACUGUUUAUAAAACAUAACAUCUUUUUUUCAAAGCCUAAGUGAAAUGAUGCUAAAGUUAUUUUAUUCUGUGAAUAAAGUUAUUUAUAUGUGUACUGUC